AUGGUCUUCAGGCCUGCUCCCUGGUUGGGCUCUCUGCUCCUGGUUUCCCUCUGGGGGCUGUCAGAUUCAGUCUCCCUACUUAGGCGCCUGCGUGAGCACAUUCAGCAGUUUCAGGAGAGCUCUGGCCUAGGCCUGGGCCUGGACCCAGGUGCUGGGGCUCUCCCAAAAGAGGGCUGGCUGGAGCAGCCGCUGGACCCCUUCAAUGCAUCUGACAGAAGAUCAUUCCUACAGCGGUACUGGGUGAAUGAUCAACAUUGGGCUGGCCAGGAUGGACCUGUCUUCCUGCAUCUGGGGGGUGAGGGCAGCCUCUGGCCUGGCUCAGUGAUGAGAGGUCAUCCUGCAGCCCUGGCCCCAGUCUUGGGGGCCCUGGUAGUAGGCCUGGAACACAGAUUUUAUGGCCUGAGUGUACCUGCUGGGGGGCUGGAUAUGGCUCAGCUCUGCUACUUGUCCAGCCGCCAUGCGCUGGCCGACGUGGCCUCUGCCCGCCUCGCACUUGCCCGCCUCUUCAACGUCUCCUCCUCCAGCCCCUGGAUCUGCUUCGGAGGCUCCUAUGCAGGCUCCCUGGCCGCCUGGGCCCGGCUGAAGUUUCCCCACCUCAUUUUCGCUUCCGUCGCUUCCUCCGCCCCGGUGCGAGCUGUGCUGGACUUUUCCGAGUAUAAUGAGGUGGUGUCCAGAAGCCUCACGAACACGGCAAUUGGCGGGUCCCCGGAGUGCCGGGCGGUGGCGUCCGCAGCCUUCGCGGAGGUGGAGCGGCGGUUGCUCUCGGGCCCGGCGGCACUGGCAGAAUUACGGGCCCAGCUGGGCGCGUGCGGGCCUCUGGGCCGUGUCGAGGACCAGGCGGAGCUGCUGGGGGUGCUGCAGGCCGUGGUGGGAGGCGCAGUGCAGUACGAUGGGCAGGCGGGGGCGCCACUGAGUGUGCGGCAGCUCUGCGGACUCCUGCUAGCGGAGCCGACCAACCACAGCCGGCUUGCGCCCUACCACGGGCUUCGUCGGGCUGCGCAGAUUGUCAUGCACAGCCUGGGCCAGAGGUGUUUAAGCUUUUCCCGAGCAGAGACAGUGGCACAGCUGAGAAAUACCGAACCUUCAGUGUCUGGCGUGGGUGACCGGCAGUGGUUGUACCAGACAUGUACUGAGUUUGGCUUCUAUGUCACCUGUGAGGACCCUGGAUGCCCUUUCUCCCAGAUCCCAGCACUGCCCUCCCAGCUAGACCUGUGUGAGCAGGUGUUUGGGCUCUCAGCCUCAUCUAUAGUCCGGGCCGUGGCCCAGACGAACUCCUACUAUGGUGGCCAGAUCCUUGAAGCCACCCAAGUGCUGUUCGUUAAUGGGGAUACAGACCCUUGGCAUGUGCUAAGUGUCACACAGGCCUUGGGACCCUCAGAGUCAGCCCUUCUCAUCCCCAGUGCCUCCCACUGCUUAGAUAUGGCACCUGAGAGGCCCUCAGACUCUCCAAGCCUCCGCCUAGGGCGCCAGAAGAUCUUCCAGCAGCUGCAGACCUGGCUCAGGCUGGCAAAGGAGAACCAGGUCAAGGAUGGGAUCUGAGUCCCAUGCCCUCACCACUCCUUGUGUGGCCACCUCAGUCCUGGACAUAUUCAUUCAUUGGGAGAAGGAAGCAGCUUAUUUGGAAGAAAAAAUUCCAAAGAAUUGGGUAUCAGUACCUGUUCUGCAUACAGCUGGACUUAUGUCUGCAAACAUCCCCACUCCCAAUGCUUUGUUAUAUACAAAGAAUUCUGUAAAUA